AUGUAUGACCUAGGAGCAUAUUACCCAUGGGUGUAUGAUCGUGCAGUGUAUGAUACAGGAGCAAAUCACCCACGGCUGUAUGAUCGUGGAGUGUAUGACCCAGGGGCAUAUUACCCACGGGUGUAUGACCCAGGGGUGUAUGAACCAGGGGUGUAUGAACCAGGGGUGUAUUACCAACAGAUGUAUGACCCAGGGGUGUAUGAUCGUGGAGUGUAUGACCCAGGGGCAUAUUACCCACGGGUGUAUGACCCAGGGGUGUAUGAACCAGGGGUAUAUUACCAACAGAUGUAUGACCCAGGGGUGUAUGAUCUUGGAGUGUAUGACCCAGGGGCAUAUUACCCACGGGUGUAUGAUCGCGGAGUGUAUGACCCCGGGGCAUAUUACCCAUGGGUGUAUGACCCAGGGGUGUAUGAACCAGGGGUAUAUUACCAACAGAUGUAUGACCCAGGGGUGUAUGAUCGUGGAGUGUAUGACCCAGGGGCAUAUUACCCACGGGUGUAUGACCCAGGGGUGUAUGACCCAGGGGUGUAUGACCCAUGGGUGUAUGACCCAGGGGCAUAUUACCAACAGAUGUAUGACCCAGGGGUGUAUGAUCGUGGAGUGUAUGACCCAGGGGCAUAUUACGCAUGUGUGUAUUACCCAGGGGCAUAUUACCCACUGACGUGUGAUCCAGGAAUGUACGACCAGGGGUGUAUGACCAGGGGUGACCAGGGGUGUAUGACCAGGGGUGUACUUACAAGGAUGAGUGCUAUUUAUGAUACAAUUACUAAGCACUUUUAA